UCUCCGUUUACUUGCAAUCGCCAUAUUGGGUGCUCGCCUACUCGAAUGACUUGUCUGUUUUUCUUCGGAAUUACUACGAGACGGGAUCGGAGCGCAUCUCGGUGCCGCGCGCUGUUUUGACGAGCGCUCGCGAGCAUUUCUUCCUGCGCGCUUUCGUAACCUUUCUACGUGCAUUUUUACGCCAUUGUUAUGCGUGCAUCUGGUUCACUUUGUGAUUCGUUCGGCAUUGGGAGCGAUUACUUUUAGUUUGUGCGUUUGGCUCGAUUGCAAGUACGGUUCUUGGGCAAAGUUUCAUGUGAAAAAAUGUCAAAAGUGCGCGUCUCUAAUGGAAGUCCGCCGCUGGACAGGGUGGACGCGAGACAGCCGGACAGCACCAGACCUCCGGUGUGCAGAAAUCUGUUUGGGUCCGCGGACCGCGAAGAGCUCGGAAGGGAUGUUAGGGAGCAAAUGCGGGAGAUCGAGGAAGCAUCCAAGGAAAAGUGGAAUUUCGAUUUUGCCAAAAACGAACCGCUCGCGCUGGGCAAGUACGAGUGGCAAGAGGUGGAUGGCAAAGAUCUGCCGGAUUUUUACACCAGACCGCAUCACGUAAAACGGGCUACCUCUACCGGGACUGUGGACCAUAACGGGAAUCACGAUUAUUUGUUGCCAACAUCCUCCCUGGAGAACGGACAGGGACAAUCUGAAAACUCAGAGACUGGGAGUGAGUCGGACUGCCGAACAGCACUAACCACACCGAGGAAAAGACCGUCGACAGAGGAUCAGGAUCCUCCUUGCCAAAGUAAAAGACCCAACGUCCAGACAACAGAGGCGAACCGCUGUCCAGAUACGACACAUUCGGUGGAACAGGCGCCCAGCAAAUCAGACCCCAAAACGUAAACAAGUCUUUAAAGCAAAGAGAUGAAGAAGCCUAUAUUUCUCCAUCAAAUACUUCAAGAGCUUUAUGAAGUAAACAGGGAUAGCAGUUAAAAAAUAUAAAUUAAGCCCUGGAAUGGCUGUAUAAGCACUGAAUUUUACACUAAAGUUUUGGCACUCAACAGAAUAUAUUUGCCUCAAAAGCAGACAUUGUAGCAGUGUGCAAUUGGAGUUGCUUCAUUUGUUGUUUUACUACCUAUGUAUAUACUUUCAUUUUAUAUGUAGCACAUUUAAAUGUAAUAUUAAGAUUAAAAAACACAAUCGUUUAUAAUGGAGCGUUUUUGACUUGAAGAAUUGCUGUGCAGUUUUCAAAACGUCUCCCCAAAAUGCUCCCUUUUAAGUAAAUAUAUAAUACACCCACAUACACACACACACACGCACACACACACACACAAUUACCUUUUAAUUGGGUUACACAGCCCCAUUGUCGCAGUUUGCCUGGCUCAGGUUGUUUAAAGAAAAAAUACACCUAAUUCAGUGCUGAACACCAUAUACCAUUUUCAUAAAUGUAUCACUGUCUGAAAAAAGUAUUUUUUGCACCUCAUCUGAUAUGGCUAAAUUGACACAAAAAUAUAAAUUUUGAUAUUUGCCAUAAAACAUAAGCAGUGAAUUCUUUUAUCUGCCAAAAUAACAGCACAUUUGUAGUGGGUUAUUUGUCUCUGAAGGGUUUGUGACUCCAAAUGUGGUAUUAAGGUUUUCACAGUUCUUUACAGUAUUAUUAUUUCCCUGGGUUAAUCCACUAUUUUUAUUUUAUUUUAUUUUGUUUUGUUUAUUUUAAUUUAUUUAAAUCUUUUGAAAUUUUGGCUUAAUCUUAUAAGUUGUCAUCAACCACAAAUCCUACUGAUUACACAUACAUAAAACAAAAAAGUAAUGACCAAUUAAUUUCCUUAAAUCAAUUUGAUGUAUUUCUAUUAAUUGCUGUGUAGCAUAUUGUUUAUAUAAAAUAUAUAUUUGUAUUUUUUUUACUUUUUCUUUUUUUUUCUUUAACACUGGGCCAUAUAAUUAAGAUCAUUAGUCCAUGAAGCCAGUUUCUUCACAAUAUAUUUGGCUUUCAUGUUGAACAUGACAUGGCACUAUGAAAAAAUAUGUACAAACCUACAGCAGAAAAAAAUAAAAUAAGACGUUACACUGCAUGUGUGUAAAACUUUGAAGUGUACAUGUGCAAACUGCUUUGUAAAGAAGAGAAAAGGAAAAAAACACUGAGGAAAUUAUACUAACUUAUUUAUGUCCAGCUUUUUGUUGUUUAUGACUAUCCAAAGUGGCAUUUGUGCAUUUUCUGUACUUUUUAUACAUGUUUUUUCACAUUUUAAAAUUUGUGCAAGGUUGCAAACUGAGCCUUUAAAGAAUUUGAUGUGGAUUUGUGUACUGCUUGUUAAAUGAGAUGAUUAAACCAUAAUGAAAUGAA